GGACAGGGUACUUGAUCUUCUGUGGCCCCCCUGGCGCUGCUCAUAACCAUUGCGCUGCCCACCUUUCGGCAUUGACUUGCUGUCCCUUCGUACUCUCAUUAAGACUCGUUGUUCUUGCUGAGAGCUGACAGGUGUUCUCCCACCACUUUCCUGGAGCUGUCCACGGUAGCUUCAGCCCACCACCUAGUCGAAACCACAAUUUCUUGGGAGGGCCCGCCGCCAUGGCGAACCGCACGGCAUCGAACCAGUACCUGAGCGAAAAGCCGCAAUCGCGCCGCUCAGGUAAAUCACCGUCGCGCUCCCCUGCGCGCUCCCCAGCACGAUCACCUGCGCCAAAUGGACGAAAGCAACAGCAGAAAGCACAGGCAGUCCUGGGCUAUCAGUCUGAGGGCGUGCAAGACCAUGACAUCUUCAACCUGCCGGGCUCCGAUUGGCAGCUCCUAGGUCUCCUGACGGUCAUUGCAAGUGUUGUGCGUCUGUUCAGGAUAGCUCAGCCCAGCAGCGUUGUCUUCGACGAAGUCCACUUUGGUGGAUUCGCGAGCAAGUACAUCAAGGGCAAGUUCUUCAUGGACGUUCACCCGCCGCUGGCAAAGAUGCUCAUUGCCCUUACGGGCUGGUUGGGUGGAUUCAACGGCGAUUUCGACUUCAAGGACAUUGGCAAGGACUACUUGGAGCCGGGUGUGCCAUACGUGACAAUGCGUCUUUUCCCCGCGAUCUGCGGUAUCUUGACCAUUCCCACCAUGUUCCUGACUCUCAAGGCUGCCGGCUGCCGUACUACCACCGCAGCCUUGGGAGCAGGUCUCGUCAUCUUCGACAAUGCGCUUGUCACCCAGUCCCGUCUUAUCCUCCUCGACUCGCCCCUCAUCAUUUUCACUGCAUUCACCGCGCUCGCCUGGACAGCCUUCACAAACCAGCACGAACAAGGACCAAAGAAGGCUUUCCAGCCAACAUGGUGGUUCUGGCUGGCAGCCACUGGUCUCGGUCUGGGAGCUACAGCCAGUGUGAAGUGGGUUGGACUCUUCACAAUCGCAUGGGUCGGCAGCUUGACGCUUCUGCAGCUCUGGGUUCUGCUCGGCGACACAAGGACCGUCACCCCUCGAUUGUGGUUCAAGCACUUCUUCGCCCGUCUGUUCUGUCUGGUCGUCAUUCCCAUCUCGUUCUAUAUGGCCAUGUUCGCUAUUCACUUCGUUUGCCUGGUCAACCCCGGUGACGGUGAUGGUUUCAUGUCCUCUGAGUUCCAGGCUACCCUAAAUUCCAAGGGUAUGCAGGAUGUCCCGGCCGAUGUCGCGUACGGAAGUCGUGUCUCGCUCCGCCACUGGAACACACAGGGUGGUUACCUCCACUCCCACAGCCACAUGUACCCUACUGGUAGCAAGCAGCAGCAGAUCACUCUCUACCCCCACAAGGAUGAGAACAAUAUCUGGAUCAUGGAGAACCAGACUCUGCCGAUCAUGCCAGAAGAUUACACUGGUCCUAACCUGACCAGCCCGAAGGCGUGGGAUGACCUUGGGCCGUACAACAUCGAGGAUGGCGGUGUCAUCAGGCUCUACCACAUCACCACCGACCGCCGUCUGCACUCUCACGAUGUCCGUGCUCCCGUCACCGAGGCUGACUGGCAGAACGAAGUCUCCGCCUACGGUUACGAUGGAUUUGAGGGUGAUGCUAACGACUUGUUCCGCGUUGAGAUUGUUAAGAAGCAGUCCGACGGAGCGGAAGCGAAGAAGCGUCUCCGAACUAUUCAGACCAAGUUCAGGCUUGUCCACGUUAUGACUGGCUGCGUUCUUUUCUCGCACAAAGUCAAGUUGCCUGAGUGGGGUUUCGAGCAGCAAGAGGUUACAUGUGCGCGCGGAGGUACUCUACCCAACAGCAUCUGGUACAUUGAAGGCAAUGUUCAUCCCAAGAUGGACGAGACAGCUGAGCGCGUCAACUACCGUAAUCCUGGUUUCUUCGGCAAGUUCUGGGAGCUGCAGAAGGUUAUGUGGAAGACCAACGCUGGCCUCACUGAGUCGCACGCUUGGGACUCUCGCCCUCCAUCGUGGCCCACUCUUCAGCGCGGAAUUAACUUCUGGGGCAAGAACAACCGUCAAAUCUAUUUGAUCGGAAACCCUUUUAUUUGGUGGACUUCCUCUGCCCUCAUCGUCCUGUACGCCGCUAUCAAGGGUUUUGCCGUUAUUCGAUGGCAGCGGGGUUUCCGUGACUACAACAAUGUCACCUUCAAGCGCUUCGAUUACGAAGUAGGUAUGUCCAUUCUCGGAUGGGCUUUCCACUACUUCCCAUUCUACCUCAUGGCACGUCAACUGUUCUUGCACCACUACCUUCCAGCGCUCUACUUCGCCAUCAUGGCUUUCUGCCAGAUUUACGAUUUCGUGAGCUACCGUUUCGACAUCUUCCGUCUUAAGAAGACUCCCGCCAUUGGCCAAGCGGCAGCUGUUGGUAUCCUUGCCAUUGCUAUCACCGUUUUCACCAUUUACGCACCUCUCGCAUACGGUAAUGCAUGGACCAAGAGCCAGUGCAACAACGUCAAGCUGUUCACCACAUGGGACUGGGACUGCAACAACUUCCUUAACUCGUAUGAUGCCUACAGUGGCCAAUCGACCGCUGUGCCCUCACUCUCUGCUGUGCCCUCGUCUGCGGCACCUCCACCGCCUGCACCUCCUGUCGCCGUGUCAAACGAGCAGCAGCAGCCGAUCCAACAGGAGAAGAAGGCUGAGGGAGAGGCAGUCGUCUCGCCACCACCUGAGGGUGCCCCAUCUGUCCCGGCUGACCUUCCCGUCGUCUCCAAGGAGGAGCGCGUGGAGUACCGUGAUGAAAACGGCCGCAUCCUUAACGAGGAGGAAGUCAAGGCUCUCGCUGAUAAGGUCAGCUUCAAGACCCGCUACGAGACACGGACACGGAUCGUCGAUGCCCAAGGCAACGAGAUCUACGAAGGCCUUGUCGAUUCUCACGAGCCUGCCAAGGAGCACGGUGUCGCACCCCCUCACCCUGAUGCAGAGGGCCGCAACCCCGAGACUCAGGAGGCUGUCGAGGCCGCUGAGGCUAGCGAUGUCCCUCCCACAGUCGAGGCUGUUGAGGACCAGAAGAAGGAGCAGAGCAUCGAGCGUGAAGUGAACGAGGCGAAGCCUGCCAGUGAGCAGCAGGCCGCUACUCAGGAGACGGAGUAGGUUUUUUUAUGUCACAUCUUCUGCAAAAUGAUGAUAGAUUUACGGCACACCAUCUGGUGGUGUUGUCUCUCUUUUGUAUGAUAUAUUAGCGUUGGCAUGGGCCAUGGGCGUGUGGGUCGGGUCUGGUCAAGAUAUGGGUUGGAACGGCUGGAUCGAGUUCGCAUGUACACUCCUCACAUCGAGUCUUUCAAUACCAUCCGC